AUGACUUGGUCGCCAACUGACAGCGACUGGCCAUCUGACAGCGACGAAACCAUUCCGUUGCCACAACACAAACAACGAUUACGACAGCGACACGGCGACAACCAAACUCCCAGAGACCGGCCGAGUCGACCAGCCAUUCGACUUGUGCCCAUAAGCAAGACCACCAUGGCUGCUACAAACGAGACCGACCCGAACUGGGAGUUCUACUGCCGGCAGUGGAAGGAGGGAGCCCACCAUCGCGUGGGCAAGGCAACAGUGCUGACCCAUGCCAAGCCCAAGAAGCUGGAGAAGCUCAAGUCGUACAAGGAACAAUUUUUCUGCUCGGAUUGGAAGCGCAUCGAGUGGUUUGAUGCUCCGGGUCUCAAGCGCCCGCGCGGUGGCAUCGACUACAAGUUCAUCCAGGACGUGGUCACGCCAUCAGCAGCAAAGGUGCCGAGCGAGGCUCUGUUCUCAUUCGACAUUGUUCAUUUGGAGGACAAGAAAAAGAAGCCCAAGACCCUGCGCCAGACCAUCAUCGUCAUCGAGGAGGGCGCGCGCCGCGACGCUCUCAAGUUCUACCGCGACGUCCGUGAGACCUGGCUCAAGCAUCCGUUCACAGUCCGCGACAAGGGCGUGACCUGCCCGGGCAAGCCGCCGGUUGAGCCGCAUGUCCUCGCCAAGCCCGACACCUCGCCGGCGCCUAUUGAGAUCGAGGGCUCGUUCUCACGCGAAGCUCCAACGCUCGUCACCGACUUUGUUGUCCCGCCCGGAGGCGGCCUCAUUGUUGCCGCCGAGGAGGAGCACGGCAUCCAAAUGUGGACCGGCUCCAAUGCGUCGUAUACGAUGCAGUAUGCCGAGGCCGGUGCUGGCUCUGUCGGCGCCCUUGACCACGCCCUGUAUGUUGACGAGCAUGUCGUCGGCGUUGGCUACGCCUCGGGCCGCAUCCAGGUCUUCCGCAUGGAGUCGGCAUCGCUCACGCCGUUCCUCUCGUUCGAAAUGGGCGACCUGUCCGACGGCGUCACCAUCACCCAUCUCCGCAUGUCGUCCUCCCCGCACAUUCUCUUUGCUGCUGCCGGCAACAAGCUCGGCUGCUUUUCUAUCGAUUCGGGCGAGCAGGUCGCCAUUGUUGAGACUCCGAGCGUCAUUACUGCCCUUGACGUUGCUCCAUCGAGCUCGGGCGGCACCAUUGCCGUCGUCGGCAUGUCCGGCGCCGGUGGCGCGGCAGCUUCGGUCCUCCUCUACGAUUCAGCGACCAUGGCGAACGGCAGCCCGUCGCUGGCCAUGGCCGGCCACACCGAUGUCUCGAUCCAUGACUCAGUCGUCUACUCGGCCCGCAACGCCAUGGUCUUCUCCGUCGCCGCCGACGGCAAGGUGCUGGGCUGGUCGAUGGACUCGGCCGCGCCUGCCGCCGAGGCCUCGCCCGCUGGCGGUGCUGCUCUCAAGUGGCUGGCCGUAGCCAGCGAGGCGUCGGUUGCUGCUGUCGUCACCGCCGACGGCUCCGCCAUGCACCUCCUCCGGACGCCCACCCUCGAGACUAUUGCCUCGUUUGAGCUGGCCAACCUACCCGCGACUGCGCCCCAGUUUGUCAAGGGCUCGACGCUGGUGUACAGCGACGGGAGCAAGGUUCUGAUCACUGACGCCUCGCACUCGCUUCCGUUUGCCAUGAUCGAGACCGAGGCUCCAGUGGCCAAGGUCAUCUACGUCCCGGCCACCGCCCAGUUGACCAUUCUCGGCGCCGAUGGCUUUGUCCGGCUUGUCACAAAGCUUCAGAUGCGGGUCGAGGCCUCUCACGGCUCUGGAGCGCUGGCGCGAGAAAACGCCAAGAACAUCGAAAAGCUCGAGGUGUACCAGGCCGAGCUCGCCGAGUACACAGCAAAGGUUCAGGCCUUUGAGCAGGCCACUGCCGCAGGCAAUCCGUAA